UCCUCUUCUUCGGCGCCGGGCUCGGCAGCGCUGCGAGCAGCAAGAUGGCGGCGCCCAGGCCGCCUCCCGCCCGGCUGUCGGGUGUCAUGAUGCCAGCGCCCAUCCAGGACCUGGAGGCCCUCCGUGCGCUCACGGCGCUCUUCAAAGAGCAGCGGAAUCGAGAAACAGCACCCAGGACUAUCUUCCAAAGAGUCCUGGAUAUCUUGAAGAAAUCUUCUCAUGCUGUCGAGCUGGCCUGCAGAGAUCCUUCCCAAGUGGAGAAUCUGGCUACCAGUCUGCAGCUAAUCACAGAGUGCUUCAGAUGUCUGCGCAACGCCUGUAUAGAGUGUUCUGUAAACCAGAAUGCAAUCAGGAACCUGGACACCAUUGGCGUUGCUGUUGAUUUGGUUCUUCUGUUUCGUGAACUGCGAGUGGAACAAGAAUCCCUGCUGACAGCUUUUCGUUGUGGACUGCAGUUUUUAGGCAACAUUGCCUCACGGAAUGAAGAUUCCCAGUCUAUCGUUUGGGUACAUGCUUUUCCAGAACUCUUUUUGUCUUGCCUAAACCAUCCAGACAAGAAAAUUGUUGCCUAUUCUUCAAUGAUUUUGUUUACAUCUCUUAAUCAUGAAAGAAUGAAAGAACUGGAAGAAAACCUCAAUAUUGCAAUUGAUGUCAUAGUUGCUCACCAAAAGCAGCCUGAAUCAGAAUGGCCGUUCUUGAUUAUCACCGACCACUUUCUGAAAAGCCCGGAGUUGGUGCGAGCCAUGUAUGCCAAGCUGAGCAAUCAAGAAAGGGUAACAUUGUUAGAUGUUAUAAUAGCCAAGAUAGUGAGUGACGAGCCACUGACCAAGGAUGACAUUCCUGCGUUUCUGCGCCACGCUGAGUUGAUUGCGAGCACUUUUGUGGAUCAGUGCAAGACUGUGCUCAAGCUGACCUCUGAGCAGCACACAGAUGAUGAGGAGGCACUGGCUACAAUUAGGCUUCUGGAUGUGCUGUGUGAAAUGACUGCUAAUACUGAGCUGCUUGGCUACCUGCAGAUUUAUCCUGGCUUGCUGGAAAGAGUGAUUGAUCUUUUGCGAUUGAUUCAUGUAGCUGGAAAAGACACUACAAACCUCUUCAGUACCACUGGCUGCAUGAAGGCGGAAGGUGACAUCUCGAAUAUGGCAGAGGGGUUCAAGUCUCAUCUCAUCCGUCUGAUUGGAAAUCUGUGUUACAAGAAUAAAGAGAACCAAGACAAGGUCAGUGAGCUAGAUGGCAUUCCUUUGAUCCUGGACAACUGCAACAUCGAUGACAGUAACCCCUUUCUGACCCAGUGGGUGGUGUACGCCAUCCGAAACCUCACGGAAGACAAUAGCCAAAACCAAGAUUUGAUUGCAAAGAUGGAAGACCAGGGGCUGGCAGACACGUCCCUGCUUAAAAAAAUUGGUUUUGAAGUUGAAAAGCGGGGUGAAAAGCUGAUUCUAAGAUCUACGAGGGACAUGCCCCCACCGUGAGUGAAGUGCAUCCACAUGUCUGAAUAUUUGGAACCUGUUCCGUGGAGUUUUGUCUUCUGCAGGAUGUGAAAUGACAAGUAUUUGAGGAUUUGUAGGUACAAAUCAGGAAAAUAUGACUCUCUUAGGCGCUAGAGUUAAGUGGGUAUAAGCUAAAAGUGACAGUGCUGAGUUUGCUCUUGUUUCUUUGCUUUCAGUGUAACUGUCUGGUUUGCCUUUGCUCCUCUGUGUAGAAUGUGCAUUUAAGUAAUAGAUUGUACUCACUGUGACAGCAAAUAAUAAAACCUUCUCUUUGAGGGCACAUCCCUCAUUUGGCAAGGA